AUGCCGUUGCUGCCAGGAACGAGGGGGUGGCAGUGGACGCAAAGCCUGCUCAGCCGGGAGCCUGGGCAGGUGGCUGGGACAGUGGCAGGCCUGGAAGCCUGGCCGGACAGCCCAGAGUGCGCCGCAAGGCUGAGCAUGGGGCUGGCCCCUGAGUGGCCUGGCGGGCUUGUUGCUCUGUCCUACGUGCUCUGCCCUAAGCGCUCUGAGUGCAGCUGGCAGCAGGAAGGAUCGGGGUGGGGGGUCUGCAGGCCUGGAGCCGGCCCCCCCGCCACUGUCGCGCCUGCUGGGCUGCCUGGGGCAGCUGCGACCCUGGAAAAAGGCAGCCCCCUGACUUGGCUGUGUUCUCUCUCCCCACCAGGAUGCUGUGUGGAGCUGCUGCUGCUGCUGCUGGCCGGGGAGGUGCCCCUGGGCGGUGGCUGCCCACGGGACUGCGUGUGCUACCCGGCACCCAUGACAGUCAGCUGUCAGGCGCACAACUUCGCCGCCAUCCCCGAGGGCAUCCCGGAGGACAGUGAGCGCAUCUUCCUGCAGAACAACCGCAUCACCCUUCUCCAACAGGGCCACUUCAGCCCCGCCAUGGUCACCCUGUGGAUCUACUCCAACAAUAUCACCUUCAUCGACCCCAACACCUUUGAGGGCUUCGUGCAUCUGGAGGAGCUGGACCUCGGCGACAACCGGCAGCUGCGGACGCUGGCGCCCGAGACUUUCCAGGGCCUGGUGAAGCUUCACGCCCUCUACCUCUACAAAUGUGGGCUCAGCACCCUGCCGGCAGGCAUCUUUGGCGGCCUGCACAGCCUACAGUACCUCUACCUGCAGGACAAUCACAUCGAGUACCUCCAGGACGACAUCUUUGUGGACCUGGUCAACCUCAGCCACCUGUUCCUCCACGGCAACAAGCUGUGGAGCCUGAGCCAGGACACCUUCCGGGGCCUGGUGAACCUGGACCGCCUGCUGCUGCAUGAGAACCAGCUGCAGUGGGUGCACCACAAGGCUUUCCAUGACCUCCGCAGGCUCACCACCCUCUUUCUCUUCAACAAUAGCCUCUCCGAGCUGCAAGGUGACUGCCUGGCACCCCUGGGGGCCCUGGAGUUCCUCCGCCUCAACGGAAACCCCUGGGACUGCGGCUGCCGGGCGAGGUCCCUGUGGGAAUGGCUGCGGAGGUUCCGAGGUUCCAGCUCCGCUAUCCCGUGCGCGUCCCCCGAGGUGUGGCACGGCCAGGACCUGAAGCUACUGAGGGCUGAGGACUUCCGGAACUGCACGGGGCCAGCGUCCCCGCACCAGAUCAAGUCGCACACGCUCACCACCACCGACAGGGCUGCCCGCAAGGAGCAGCACUUGCCCCACGGCCCUGGCAGGGACAAGGGGCACCCACACGGCCAUCUGCCUGGCUCCCAGCCAGGCUACAGGAAGCCAGGCAAGAACUGCACCAGCCACAGGAAUCGCAACCAGAUCUCUAAGGCAGGCACCAGGAAACAGGCUGACGAGCUGCAGGACUAUGCCCCCAACUACCAGCACAAGUUCAGCUUUGACACGAUGCCCACCACACGGCCCAAGAGGAAGGGCAAGUGCGCCCGCAGGACCCCCAUCCGUGCCCCCAGUGGGGUGCAGCGGGCCUCCUCGGCCACGUCCCUGGGGGCCUCGCUCCUGGCCUGGAUACUGGGGCUGGCGGUCACUCUCCGCUGAGGACCCAGGGUGCUAGCACCCAGCACUGCCACCUGCCCACCAAGGAACAGCAAUUCUUUUCUUUUUUUUUAACUAAUGGAAGAUCUGCUGGGUUUCAGGAAAAGGCUGGUGGAGGCGUUAGCCACUGCCUGGGCCCUGCCUGGUGGAUUAUAAACCCGAAGUGUACAGUCCCAGGCAGGA